AAAAAACAAAUAUACAGCUAGCAGCAUCCUUAUUAAACUUUGCAAAAAAAAGAAAAAUUUACAGUAUGAUUAAAGAAAGGUCUCGUUAACAGAUGUUUAUAUUAAUUCUUCUUUCAAAUGAUUUGGUGCUAGUGAGAUCUUGACAUUCUGGCAGUAAUUGUAUUUGAUUUCAGCUAUUUUGUUCGAGAUGAAAAAUGCAAAAUGUGAGAGAAAAUGCAUUUUGUGGUUAAAGAAUGGGUGCACACAAAUAUGAUGAAUUAUGAAUAAUACAACAGUAACUGUAACCCCAAGUCCAGCUGAGCCUGGUUUGCUGUUUGUUGUAUUGGCAUGUCUUUUAUUAUCAUUUUGGCUCCUCUUCCUGGGUUUUUAUUUUUCAAGAUUUGCUGGUCUUAUUCUUACUCGAGUCUUCAGUAAGCUCUUCAUUCCAAAGGAUGCUUAUUUAAGAAUUGGUUCCUUUUCUAUCUCAGUAUUGUCUGGAAAGUUGAUGUUUAGAGAUGUCCUGUAUGUGACCAAGGAUUUGACUUUUAGAGUGGUUGAUGGAUAUGCAAUAUUUCAUUGGUGGCAAAAGUAUAUUCCAGAAAAUAGCGAUGAAGGCAAAAACAAAAACAAGUCCUGUCGAUUGUCAGUUUCGCUGAAUGGCUUUGAAUUUCACGUGUAUAACAGAUCUGCCUUGUAUGACAGAUUACAAGAUUUGUACAAGAAAGAUCGCUAUGGAGAUGCCCAUAAAUCAUCGGAGAAUUUAAAUGAGGAUAAAGAUACAAAUGAGAGUAUACCAGAUCGCCAUGGAAGUUAUCUCUGGAGAGAUCUCAUUCCAGCCAUUAAAUUUGACAUCAACUCAGGAAAGGUUGCUUUUGGAAACAAGCUGGUGGAAACAACACUUUGCUUUCAUUUUGAAAGUGCAGAGGCCAUAUAUAGGAUAACCAAGCCUGCAUCCUCAUUGGACCAAUUUGCUCAUAAUAUACUAUGUGACUGUAAGAAUGUCCGUGUUAUGUUAGCUCCAAGUAAUGGCUACACUGGCGACCGUGAUGACCCUCCUCGUUACAUGGGUGAAGGUUUUGUUGUUCUUCAAUCACAAGUUUGUAACAUUGCGUACUUACAGGACGAACCAGGCGUUGUACCUAAAAUUAACACCGAAAGUGAGAGUGCAAUUGAAACUGAUCCAUGUUGGAACCUUGAUGUUACUUUUACAAAAUCAACAUCGCUUAGUUAUGGUCCGUGGGCUGACAGACAAAGAGAACAGCUUCAGAAAUUCUUUUUCCCAUUUGACUAUCAAGAGCAAAUUGUGAGCAAAGCCCUUGCCCCAGGCCAACGUCGAGAGCAUUCAGGGUUGGACAUCAAAUUUGAUUUUACCUGUGAUUCUACACUUGAUUUACUGUUCACAAAAGAUCAGGAGACCCAAGCAGUUCAUUUAUGUGUUGGCGCUGGUUCUCAUGUGCAAAUCUACCAACCAUGGAGGGUGAACGAAUAUGGUUAUAUGGCGUCUGUAGUCGCACAUUUACGACAGGUUGAAGCUUCAACAAGCUUGAAAUUCCGCCAGUGUUUGGAGGCGGAAGACAUAAAGGUCACUGUCAACAUGACGAUACCCCGCAUUUGGAAUCACACGCAACACUGGUCAGCGGAUAUUACAUUAAGCAAAGUAACUUGGUACUUUAUAUUUGCACACAAGUUCUUCUUUCAAGAUCUGGCAUUCGAUUGGUCCACCAAGACUACGUCAGAGCUCUUAACUUUUAUUCCCUAUGAAUGGGCACUAAAUAUAUCGUUGAGAGAUUUUGAAAUGAUAUGGAUGGCAAAUGAAUUUAACUGGAUAGACUGUUCAACUAUUUUCCAAGAAAACACUGAGCUUGCUUUGUGUGGGGAGUCUUUAGAUCUAUCUUUUGUACUAUCUUACACGGUAUUUUUGCCAGAAAUUGAAGAAAUCAAGUUUGUUAUUGAGGUGGAACGACUUGUAGGGAGAUUAAAUAUCCCAGAAUCGAACACUCUUCGUCGUAGUUUGUUAUCCUUGGCUCGGAAUGAAGAUCGUAAGACACCAAAUAUUAAAUCAUCGACAUCGGCAAAUGUUUACCAAGAAGCUCACGAUAGUUCAGAUGAACAGACGACAUCUGAUAGUGAGAAUGAACUCAGCGGCGGCUGGAGAAGACACACAGAGUUAAGAAAUGGAUGGAUUGAUGUAUUUUCCACCCCGAUACUUUCAGUAAUUAUUGCAUAUAUUUAUCAUCCUAUUUUACCUGGUGAGACGUUUGAAAGUGUGCAAGAACGUUAUCAGACAUACGGUGAAAAUGUACCAGAACAACCAAUCGACCUCGAAGCUGAUGUAAUCAAUCUAGAAGUGGAAGCGAAUUCUUGUGCAUUUAAACUCAUAGGCAUGGUAUUGAACGCCCUCAACAAUAUUAAGGAAAACUACUUUGGAUCCUACCAACUUUACAGAGAUUUCGAUGCACGAAGUUUAUCGAAAAUAAAACGAUCUGUAGCAUCUCAAGACGUUGAUGAUGAUGACAUAAGUACAAAAGAUAAUGACCCGUUAUCACUGCGACCAAUGGAAGCCAACGUUCUGGUUAACCUCAGCUCCGUCAGGGCUGAAUUGACUCAGCACUGUAGUACUGAAGAUAUGAUCGCUCCUCUUCUUGUUACGGAUCGGUUAACAUUUGAAAUGCACAAGAAUUUCUCCGAGACACGAUUGCAACUUCAGCUUGCACCUACAACAAUCUUUGCUUCGGAUGUAAUUGAGAGAGCUUCUUCCAACAGCCAUCUGGGACAAGGCUAUCUUCAUCUCUCAGGACUGCAGUUACGUGGUCAUGCAAUGUUUUCGGCUGAAGAUCGACCAAUGGAAGUCGAGACCUUAGAGUAUGCUUGGUUACUUGAGUUGCAAAUUGGAACAUUUUCAGGAAAGGUUACCCUACCUCAGUUGAUGACCAUUUCUAAUUGGGCUGAAUUAUUUGCGUUCCAUCUUCUGGACGAAGAGAAUUGCAUGAAAGAUUCUUCACCGCAUAAACUCUGUCAGCAUGGUGUAUUACAAUCAAAAUGCGAGAAAAGACCAAAGGAUUAUGAAGACCCUGAAACUGGUGAAGAUCGUACGUCCUUGUGUCAGACGGAAGAUGAUUUUAAGUACAAAAUCAUUCGAGUAUCUGUAGAAGAAAUUGAUAUUUCGUUAGUUGAAGCGAGUUGUUGUUGUAAUGUCAAGGUUUCACCAAUCCGAAUUGCCUCGUGUAACCUUCAUACAGACAGCACUAAGUCUGGUGUUAGUGUGUUUGUUCAUAAGAUCGACGUAAGCCAAUAUGUACUGCUUUUGGCUGGUAAUAAACUCAAGAAUCAAUUAGCACAAGAAGAAUCAUGUUGGCUUGAAGCUGCUUCUCUUCAUGUUGGUCCUAUCAUCUCAGAUAUUUGUCUUGAGGAAGAUGGCAGUCUUGAACCCUCGGAUCAGAAAGAGUUUUUAGAGAAACAUGACCGAAAAACUCGACGUCUUUGGUUUCUAUGGCCGCGUAAUAAAGCACGUGGAACUUUGCCAAGUGAUAAAGAAGGUCGAUGUGGAUGUGUCGGUGGAUGCAAUUUCUUUGGGAAGAAUGUCAAUGGCUCUGUAUUUUUUAAACUUGAUUAUCUUGAUGCUGGACACGAAGAGAAAGAGGGACGGUUCUUCGGCAGCCCUGAUGGAUGGCAGGAUACUGAGUUAGACGAAGAUGAUGAUGCUUUUAUUGAAAACCAUAGUAGUGCGAGGACACUUCAACGACACAACAGCUGGGCGGGGAGCAGUCAAACUCCAAGGUUUCGUAGGAUGAAUUCUCAGAGGUCUGCAAAGAUCUUCAGAUCGAAAGGCGGUUCAUCUCGAAACAAUAUUCCAACAUACGCGACUUUUCCAAUCAAAACUAAAGAAAAAGUGAUAAGUGGAACAAGUGCUUGGAGUGUUCCUGAUAAUUUUCAAAAGACUACCAUCUGCAAUGAAGAUGACGGAAAAGAAGGUCUAAGCUCAACUAGCGUGGAAGACUCGCAGUUCAGUCGUCAAAGAUUGCCAAGUGAUGGAUCAUUCUAUUCUUGUACUAGUGGGUUAGAUAGUUCUGCUGCAUCUAGACCAGCAUCAAUCUUGUCGUUGGAUAGUUUUACUUCUGCGUAUGAGGACGGCGAUCAACCAGUAAUUGAAGUGCAUUGUAAAGAUUUUAAAGAACAAUUUAUCCUUCUCCCUUCAGUUUUAUUGUCAAAGUACAGGAGUCAUCUAACUCAAAUGAAAUGUGAACAUUGGGUAGAAAACGAGAAUUUUACCGAACAAGCAACAAGAAAAUUCAGUCUGAUGCAAAAUCUUAAGGCUAUUGAUCACAUUCCCAGAGCGUGUUUUAAACGACUUCAGUUUGUCGGGCGUCAUGCUGGCCAAUUUCACACACUUCAUUCGAGAAAGAUCAACGAUGUCUCUGCACCAGGUUUUAAUGAUGAACGUAUAUCUGUGCUACGAAGGGAUUUUUCGAUUUCUGAAAAUGAAUCUGACAAGAUGUCUGGCAUGGACUCGUUAAAGAAACGUCGUUGGAAGAAAGAAAUUAAUAAUGAGUUAUCACAACCUGUAUUAUCCAAACGUCAUGCUGCGAAUUCGACACAGAAUAUAGAAUGUGCUCAAGUUAGUCGUGGCACGUCAAUCAUCAGGAUUGAGGGAUUUGUUAACGUUAUGCUGUCUCCACUUCUUCUAGAAGCUGUUAACAGAUAUACAAAGUCGGUUAACGAGCUGACGAACUCACUUCACCCUUGCACGAUCCUCGAUAAGAUACACGUGAAAAGUCUAAAUGUAGCUCAAGCGAAGUACAAAAUGGAUCUUCCAGACGGGUCCUCUGAGUCGAAAGAGAGUCAACAAAACAUCUACAUUUCACUGCCUGGCAUUAAUAUUUGUUUCUUGCAAGCCUUGACAAGUGAACGUCAUGUAUCCACGACCUCGCUCACCGCAGCUAGUAGCGAAAGUGAACUUUCAGACACAAUGCAUGCUAACUAUCAUCCAAACCCUAGUCUUUCAUUGCUGGCCGUGAGACUGAAUAAAUUUUCAGGACAAAUCAUUUGCCAUAACAAGCGGAAUGCAUCGCUUGCGAAGUACAUGCACGAGAAAAUGGAGGCUGAACACACGACGUCUGAUCAGAGUAUCCCCCAGUCCCCUACGGUUGCGAAAAACAAAUGUUCCGAAAAAGUGGGCAAUCGAUUUGCGGGAAGUUUCAACUUGGAACAAGUUCAACUACAGUUUAGCCGUUUGUGUAACAAAAGUGACGUUGAAAACAGCCAUACGACUGCUAUACCGCCAAAAUGCAGUAAAGUUGAUUUCAUUUACUCCAGUAGAAACAUCAUUCAGUUUUCAAAGGAUUUGAACGUAAAAAACCUAAGAAAGGAAGAAAUAGUUAUAUUUGUUAUGUUAGAAUCUGGAAUAGAUAAUAUUUCAUUGAAAAUUGGAAAUUGCGCGAGAUUGAAGGCUAGAGAAGAAAAGUUGAAACAUCAUGCUGCGACGAAAAAGAAAUAUGGUCAUAACCGAAGCCAGAGCGCUCCUGCUCAGUUGCUGACUAAGAUUACCCAGUGCGAUAUUAUCGACGCACCACGACCGUUUCAACAAACAUUACAUGAAAAUUACAGUGAGCAAGUUUUGGAAAGUAUUGUUGUUGAAAAACAGCCGGGUAUUCCGUUGUCCCCGUUGAGCCAUAAAGAUGAUUCAGCCAGCUCAAUAUCGUCUUCGUUGAGUGCCCGAAGCGUCAGCACUGGUAACUUAACUGAUAAUGAAAGUGAGGGUGAAGACGAGGUCGACACACAGCCACUGCUUGCACGUCGUUCUCAAGAAACUGGCAGAGUUGGAAAAGCUUUAACACCGACAACAAAAGAGGAAGAUCGAAAGCCAAUAUACGUAAUGAAUCAUGAAAACGAUGUCGUUGCAAAUUUCAAGUGUAUUUGGUUCAAUUGUGCAUCGCCGUCUUCAAUCAAACCUGUUCCUGAGAAUUAUCAUCUGCAUAAUAAUCUGUUAACAACAGGAAUACCUGCCGUGUCAAGUUGGAUGCCUGGUGCAGAAAAACUUCGUGCAACUCUUGUACAACUCCAGAAUGACCAACGUCGAAAAUUCUUUUCAGUUACAUCAUGUAUCAUGGCACUGGGACUUCCAGAGAAAAAUAAAAUGUUAGGCGCGCACAACAUCGUGAGUAAAUCAAGCGAAGAGUCGAAAUAUCUACAAAGAGAAUACUCCAGUCAAUUAAUCUUUUAUCUUCGACGUCAAUUGUUGGGCACAAGAAAACAUAAAGUUCUUGCAGCGUUGUCUGAUAUGGCUGCCAUCCCAAGUAAUGAGGAUUUGAAAAGUGGUAUUAUGGCCCUAUCACGACAGUGGAAAUGUAUUCUGGGUGUCAUGGAUGAAGAAUUUCGUCCUGCUGGUACGUUAAAGCGACCUGUGGUUGGUCGUGGUGUCCUAACGGAGCGUGAUCGAGCUAUCUUGAUGAAAACUGAAUACAGGAAGUCUCAAGAUGAAGGAACACUCGCUGCAGAUUUUGAAGCUUUCACUGCAAGUGGUGGCAGUCCUGGUAACACCUUAUACAGUAUCAGUGAUAAACUGUCACCCAAACUUUCAUCUAGUAUCACAUCUGUUUCUACGAGUGAAAGUGAUAACAUUCCUACAGAUAGAGCGAGAGUAAAGAGGAAGAAAACGCAAAAACCAGAAGUUGAACAAAGUUUGUACAGUUAUUUCUCAUCACCGGUCGCUUCUCCAAGAUCAAGUCAGCAUGAUACUAGUCUAGCGGAUAGACAAGAACAAACUCUGCCCACCGUAACGUGGGCUGCACCUGUGAAAGACGAAGAUGAUUUAUUUGGUCAAAUGGUCAGUCAGCCAACAAGUGGCAAACAAAUUGCGGACGAGAAAGUUAUUUUCAAAGCAUUCUUUCUUGGCAUGGGUUUUCUGCAACCUUCAGACGAAUUCUCUCCUUGCUCAGACAAAAACUUUUCACUGCUUGUCAAACUCCGCUGUUUACGCUUGGACAUAUCUCAAGGAAAACUAGACUGCCUGAGAAAGACCAAAGUUGAAGUACCUUAUGUUGUUACUAAUGAAACCCAAAACAAAACGCCGUCAUUUAUAUUCCAAAAUUUUGAAACGAAAGUAAUUAUCAAGAGUACUCCUUUAUUCCGAAGUCCAAAGAAAAAUGCUGAGGAGAAAUUCUAUGGAAAAGACAAACUGGAUUCAACGUUCCAGAAGUCAUCGAGCUUGUCACGUUCUGCUCAUGUCAAAAUCAGUUGUCAGUCAGCGACGCAAAGUAUUAAUCUUUCUCUAAUCCGACUGCUGCUUCAGGUAGCAGAUAUAAUUGAUAUCCUGGGUGAAAAUUACGAUGGAAUUAAAGCAGUUUCUCCAAGUGAUGCUUUUCUGAAUACGACAGAAGCAGAAAAAGUGAAGGCUGCCUCUGAAAAUCAAAAAUGUUGGAGAAUAAUGUCCCAGGUUUCUGAUUUAUAUUCCACACUGCCUUCGGGACGCACAAGUGUAACCAGGGAAGGAUCAGCUCAAGUUCGAGAACAUAAGAUUGAUAUGGAGAGCACAUUGAAUCAGGUCAAACGUCGUCAAUUAUCUCGCACACUGAGCAGCCCUAAAGAUAUCAGGUUUAUCUCAAGUAGACUUCCUCGUGAUCCACCUAAAUUGAAGAUAGUUGUGGUGGUAAUGUUACAUAAAUUAAAGUGUGUGGCCACACUGGGUGAACUUUGUUUACAAACUGAUAUAAAUGGUAUCAGCAUUUGCGCUUGUCAUAAACUCGAAAAACAACAGGGAACAUUGGUAAAAAAAGCCUCAGUAGAGGCGUGUUCUAGAAAGGUUGUGUCAUCUUCUGUGUCAGCACAUUUACAGAAAGCACGUCUCGUUCUCUCGGAAGUUGGAAAUCAAGAUGGAACUGUAGUGAGUUGUGUCCUGAAUACAUCUCAUGGUAUGUAUUCAUGUGUGAACAAAAGAGAAGAUGUGAAGAAAAGUAUUGUUAUCUCACUUGGUGCAAUUGAUGUCGAUAUCCCUCAACAUCCUGUCGCCUUACAUUGUAUGAUGACCAGAAGUUCUAAAACUUUGUCAAAACAAUUAUCUGAAAUUCAGAGUCAGAGAAGUGUAAUGAGAACUUUCAGCAGCUUGGAGCGUUCGUCUCUUGUGGAAUUAUCACGUGAGAGAGAUGAAGGUGAUGGAGCGGUUGGUGUUGAUAAUGUUCCUGUAGUUCAGGUCUCUGAAGGCGAUAUUGAUGUCACUGACGCUGGAUUUCCAUGUACGAACACUCCGACUAAAGAUUUCCCUCAGAUGUCCAUCACAGCCGUAUUGCAAGGUUUCUCAAUUGGGGCUUCUCUUCUACCUUCUCUGAAAGUAGAAUAUAAGAUCGGCACAGUCUCGUCAUUUGGAAAGACGGGUAGAGAAAAUACUUUUAAACUUGAUAUGCCGCAACACCAUCUUAGUUUCACUUCAAAGGUAAAAUCAUUUGACAGUAGUAUCCCAGCUUCAACCUCGAUUCAUCUUCCUCGGGUUGAUAUUUUUGGCGUCCUGGAUCAGUUCAAUCCAUCGGCAUCUAACGCAGCAACAUCAGUUCGUGGAAAAAGACACUUAAAGAUCGUCGCUGAUAUUGGAACAUUCAACCAAAAUCUAUCCACUGAUUUACUCAACCAUCUUAUAUUCAUCCAAAAAGGAUUUAUGAAGGAAGUGAACGACGUUUUGCAACGAGUGUCCGGAGAAAGUCAACCUGUCCCGUUAUGGCGCACUGCAUCAACUGACAAUGUUGACACGGAUGAUCAAGAGAAUGUUUUUCUUAUUUUUACAUUCACUCUCAACCUGACGGGUAUAAAAAUCACGGCAACUACACCUUCGUCGACCGCAGUUCGCUUGGAGACCGGAUCUAUAAACCUGGAAGUAUCGAAUAACGAACCAGUCGUUAAGAAAGAAAGUUCGAGCCAUAUUGAAAAGAGUGAUCAGAAGAAAUCUAAGGUGUUUGUUAAAGCAGAUGUUGACCUCACUCUAUCACUUGUACAGUCCUUGAAGGAUCAAUAUUAUGGCGAAGUGAAUGAUUUUCAACAACUUGCUUUCUUUAAUACUCACAUUGGAAUACGAAAUUGCCUGCAGGGAAGAGAUAAAUCAGAAGAAAAGGAGACGUUACUUAUUUCCGUCGUCAAACCCUUUGUUUAUGUUCAACCUGUGGCUUUUGAUAAAGCUGUAUUGCUAUAUUUGAACUACAAGAAUGCCUACAGCUACUGGAAUGAACAAAGGAUGUCUCUCAAUGAGGAUGUACAAUUUGCCACCCAAGCUGUAUUUGAAAAAUUGCCACAACCCCACCCGACAGCCCAGCUUUCUGGAUAUCUAUUCUUGCAGCUAACUGUUAGUGAAUUAGGCAUAUGCUUACCACUACACAAUCUUAACCAGGAGCAACCAUUGAUCACCUCCCAAGGUGCUGGAGACAUCAACCUCGCACUUGUUGUCACGAUGGAGAAUAUGUUACUCACAUGUUGCUCAAGUGCAUCAUUUGUGAGCAAAGGAAAUUUUACGCAUUUCUGUUUACGAUUUGCUGAGAAAUUUGAUGUUAAACAAGCUGAUUGGAAACCUCAGAAGCGAGAUGGUAUUCUGAUGAAUUCAUGUAAAGUACCAAAUGGAACCUACGAGAUUUGUACUCGUACAAUACGGGCACCUUACGCGAAUGAUAUGAAUAAAGCAGGCAAAAUGGUGAUGUCGCUGAUGUGGAAGAUGUGUGGCGUUGAUGUACAUUGCGAUACUGAGAUUGGUAAACGCUUAAAAGCGUUAGGUCAGACAUUGACUUCCGUGACUGGUGACAGUGAUAUAGCGAAUCUGGAGUCAGUUGCUGAGGAUUCUGAAGAACACCUCAUACCAGAUAAAGAUAAAGAAAAGGAAGUUGAACAUGGGGAAACUGAUGAUGAAUACUUUGAUGAAACAGAUUUCACGCCUAGAAAUGUACAAAAUGAAAAACCUCAAAACCUUGAAAAAGAAAUGUGGAAGCAAGCUCGGAAAGUUAACGAACUAAGGAGACAAUCAAAUAUUGAUACGAAGUCACUAAAAACCGAGACUGAAGUCCUACAAGAACUAGAGAGUGCUGUGUUCAAUGAAUUCCGUCGAGAUGUGAAGCGGAAAUUUGAAAAACAAUCUCAAAGACCGUUGUUUGCGCUGAAUGAACGACGUCAUUCGAUACAACGACGGCCUAUCAAGAGUUCUUCAUCCUUUAGAAAGAAACUUAUCACAGAGAGGUCACAAGAAAAAGCUGGGAUAGAUGAGGUAGAUUUUGCUGAAAGCAGCGAGAUGAUUGAUCUUGGAAAUGUCACUCAAGAUGGUGCAAAGCGUACUGGAUUUUUGACGGCUAUACCAUUAGACUCUUCAUUCUCGUCUCCUCAUGAACAAAUGCGUGUGAUGCCUCAGCGAGAGAAAUAUCCCACAGACAGUCGAAAAUAUCUUGCAUUCGGAGAUUCUUCAAAUCAAGUUCAACGUCAAACACCUUCGAAGCAACAUACUUCGUCUUUCUCGUCCCAGAAGUCCACCGUUGUAGAACAGGAUUUGGACUUUGAUCUGCAAGUAACCGUGAAUAUUGAAAGCGGUAAAUGCGUAUUUCAUCCAAAUAGUGAUACAAAGGCUGAACAAACCGAACCAAGGUCUAGUUAUGCCGCUCGCUUGCACGAAGUUUUAAAGACGUCCGCUAGUAUGGGUCACCGAGGUAGAACAAAGACUGGCAUGAAACAAAAAGAUGAACAUCCAGAUAGUUCUAUAAUUUUGUUACCUGGUGUGGAAGCCCGAGUACAUUAUUCGUCUGUCACUGAUAGUGCACUCAGUUUUACUGCUGGACCUAGUUCUGAUUCACUGCUGUCUUCUAAGAAAGUUGGUAAACAUGCCUCUUUGUAUGUUUCAUUGCUUGUACAACCUUUGCCUGAAGAAAUGCUGUUACGCCCUGCGAUAUUAGACUUCAUAGAUAAAGCGCUGAACCCGAUCGUGGCUCCAUCAAGUAGUAUUGAUGAGCAAGCAGAAAUGAAGAGUAUUCACAGUGAAGGUGGCCCAACAAGUUCAUUUAUUUCAUCUUCAACAUCAGAAAACAGUUCAUUCCCCGUCGAUAUCGUGGUCGUUGCUCGAGUGCAGCCCUCAAGUAUACGCAUAAGUUGUUUACCAACAUCUCGCGUGGAAUGUCUUAUGAAAAUCCCAUCACUUGACAUCUCUUACUCAUCCAAACCAAGUCCCAAUAAAACUAUCAAUAAAUCUGGUGUUCUGGAGGACUCAAUUGGUUCGCAACGUGCACAAAGCGUGGAUAGUGGCGUUGUUCGCUCUUAUGACAGCGGUGGAAUCAGUUUUACGAUAUGUUUAUCCCGAUUCUCGUUGUGUAUAUAUCAUCCUUACGGGAAACAGCAUCCAGUGGCCAGCAAGACUUCUUCGGCACCUGAAGAACAUAGUAAUUUAUCUCCCAAAGCAAGGAUUAAUAUUGCUCAACCUCAACCUAUAUCCGGUAAGAAGGAUGCCCUCAGUUUAUGCUUGGAAUACAUCAAGUUCAAUUUAUCACGAAGGAGGUUCGGUGAUGUGAGUACGACAAAUUCACGAACUGAACAAGAUAGACAAGGAUCACAGGAUGAGAUCUCAGUGGAAUCAUCUACGCUCGUUAAAGUUUCAGGAAUAUGUGAUUUCGGCUCAGCGACAUUUACGUACGACAUGCGGCGGUUACAGGAAAUCUUAGAUUUUCCAAAGUGUUGGCAUAAACGUGGUUUAUUUAGUCGUUUAUUUCUGGGAAAAGAAGGAACAUAUGCAACAAAAUCUGGAGCUCAGGCUGGCGGUGAUCUUACUGACGGUGUAAAUAAAGUUCAGCCGGGCACUUCCAAGACACCUGAUAAACUUGGUGCACCUGAAUCAAGUGUAUUUGGUCAUCGUCGAAAUAUGUCAACACCACUGCCCGGAAUUUUACCAUUCUUGUCAUCCCCGAGCUUGUUGGGAACUUUACCUGCAAGAACGCAUUCAAGUCAUAGCCGAUCUGACUUGAAACAUGCUCCAGUUCACACUCCAAGCGGUCAUUUAUUUACAUUCGAUCAGGUGGACUCGCCACCAAGCUGUUCAUCUACACAUAGCACAACGCCGACGACAAAAUGGGAAACUGUUGUUGUCCUGGCUGUCAGUUUAUCAAGGCUUGAUGUAUCAACUAACAUGGCGAAUGUUAUGGGAAAAACAAGUUGGAGCACAAGUGAUCUACGUGCGUCUGGUAAUUUACGACUUACAAAUUUUGGUGAACGUACAUUACGUUCUAAACUGAACAUUCGUCAAUCAACAUGGGAAUCACGUGGUGGCAUUGCUGGUGGUCAUGUUGAAUUACAAGAUAUAUCCUCCUACGUUAACGUGAAUGAAAGCCUUGGUUCUGAGUUGGAGCAUUCAUUUAACGUGAGAUUUCGAUAUUGUGAAACUCGUAUUGACUACAUGGGAACAUGUAUUCUCAUGGGAAACAUUUCAGCAUUUCGUAUCUCAAUGUCUGACGAAUGGAAAAUGAAUCUUGCUAAAUGUUCAUCUUCAGAUGAGUUAUUCAAAGAAAGCACAUGCGGAACAGAACAUGCAAAGGCAACAGUAUAUCUUCAUGGCACACUGCAUUGGAAAAACAUGGGGCUUGUGAUAUGUCGCUCAACUACAAGUGAUCUUAUUAAGAUGGCUAAGAAAAUCACAACAUUCUUUACUGAACAAGCAAGUAACAGUGUAAGAAUGUUAUCAAGUGUCAACUAUCUUCCACCAGUAGACGGUGAUGCUGUAUCGUCUCUUGCUAAUCCGAUUCGUACACAAUCUGUACCGAAGAACGAGAAAGAGAAAAAUAAAGAUGGCUUGAAAUAUCAACACUGGAGUAAAGUUUUGUGUAAAAUAUCUGGGCUCAAAUCUAGCGUUUUGCCUUCACCAUUGCCUCAAAAAGGAACCGUUGUUGGCGGAACAUUGGAAAUGUCUUGCUGGGAGGUCUCGCUUGCAUGUUUUAAUGGUAUGAACUUUCGAUCCCAGACUUGGGCGUUAUUUUCUUCCAGUCAACCGAGUGCAACGUAUUCCAGUAAAGUUGCUUCGUUAGAGAAGAGUUGCCAAGUCAAGCGUGCUCGUUCAAUUCAGAAAUUGUCUUUUCAACUUGGAACACGAACUCAACCACCGAAGACUAGUGGAAAGCAAGAAGCAGCUCAUAUGGGCAUGAUAUGUAAAGUACAGCGAGGUCGUCGUAACCCCCCAUCAAUGGGCAGCUCUGUAUCAGAAUGGUUAUCGUAUGUUUCAUCAGUAAACAAUAUUUCUCAAGCCAGUCCCGGUGAUGUAUCACCCCCACCACAACCGAUGUCGCCGAGAUCGAAGUCUGAGAGCGAAAGUUCUUCCAUGUUCGCUCGAAGACGAAACAAGUCCAUAAGCGCAGGUUACAAACACGAGCAUGAAUCUGAGGCCAUCUUUGGUCUUCCAAGUUUCAAAGUUGACGUCAUCACGGAGCAUGACCAACCAAUCAGAGUGUAUAUUUUAUCUGGGGAUAAACUAACUGAAGCCUGGCCACUAAAGACCCCCAGCAGUCCUCAUAUUGUGGAAUGUAGUUUAGACUCGCAUUUUUAUGACAGUCUCUACGUGACAAUGGACGUUGGGCUAAUAUUCUUCUUGCAUGAGAUGAUUCAAGCUUAUAUGAAGGAGAAUGAAACAGCGCAAGCUGCAGCAACCACCUCGGCUUCCUCGACAUCAAUUGACACACCAGAUGCUCCAACUACACCACCGGGUGAAGAUGAAAAGGCUGGUAAUGGUAAUGGUAAUGGUGGUCAGCGUAAAAAAAUUCGUCAAUUUCGAAGUAAAGCAUGGAAACUUGAGCCCACUGUGCGCUUUUUGUCAUGGGCUGGUCGACGCAUGGAAGGUGUUAACAUUGAUUGGGUCCUGGAAAAGCUGGGCUUUGAACAUGCGCGUUUGACAAUUCCUAAAUGGGUUCAGCGUGGUGCUAUGGAUCCAAUGGACAGAUUUUUAUCAGUUUUAAUGUAUCGACUGCUGUUAGCCGUGCAAGAAAAUGAAGCAAAAUGAUAUUUUUUUAAGCCCUUGGAAAAUACUGUUACCAGGCAUAGCUAAGCACACAGCCCUUGUUUGAUGUUGCAUUAAAUACUAAUGUAGGUUUGUUGUUUGAACACAUUAAGCAUUGUGAUUCGCUGUUUUAAUAAAUUAAUGUAAUAAGAAUUGUUUAAUAUACAUUGUCGUACA